CAAAGCACAUACACUCUUGUCAUGAUGGCUACCCUCACUAAAGCUAUAAAGCCAGUUUUGGUAGGACGAUUGUGGAAUACAGCCAAGGUCUUUGGAUCAGUCGUCAACAAUCAUAGAGGGAAACCAACAUACACAGGACAAAUCAUACCACCUCCUGCCAAGUAUGGAGGCCGGCACACUGUAACAUUGAUUCCUGGAGAUGGGAUUGGACCAGAGCUCCUCAGCCAUGUGCGGGAACUUUUCAGGUUCAGCUGUGUUCCUGUGGACUUUGAGGUGGUGAACGUAAAUUCUUCAUCAAUCAGUGAGGAUGACAUCAACAAUGCCAUUAUGGCCAUUAGACGCAAUGGAGUUGCUCUUAAGGGUAACAUUGAGACCAACCACACAAUGCCCCCUAAUCACAAGUCAAGGAACAAUCUUUUGCGCACGAGUUUGGAUCUGUAUGCCAAUGUGAUGCACUGCCAGUCACUUCCUGGAGUCCAGACACGCCACAAAAACAUUGACAUCAUCAUCAUCAGAGAGAACACAGAGGGCGAGUAUAGCAGCCUGGAGCAUGAGAGUGUAUCUGGAGUUGUGGAGAGUCUGAAAAUCAUCACCCGUAAUAACUCUCUCCGCAUUGCUGACUAUGCUUUUAAACUGGCCCGGGAGAAAGGUCGCCGCAGGGUCACAGCUGUCCACAAAGCUAACAUCAUGAAACUGGCUGAUGGUCUGUUCUUGCAAUGCUGUAAGGAGGUGGCCUCUGGAUACCCUGACAUUCAGUUUGAUAGUAUGAUUGUGGAUAACACCACCAUGCAGCUUGUUUCCAAGCCCCAACAGUUUGACGUCAUGGUGAUGCCUAAUCUCUAUGGCAAUGUAGUCAGCAAUGUGUGUGCUGGGCUGGUGGGUGGACCUGGUUUGGUGCCUGGUGCCAACUACGGACGAGAUUACGCUGUGUUUGAAACGGCCACCAGGAACACCGGAAAGAGCAUUGCCAACAGGAACAUUGCUAACCCCACUGCCACGCUGCUUGCCAGCUGCCUCAUGUUAGAUCACCUCAAACUUCAUGACUAUGCCAACAUGAUCCGAGGUGCAGUUCUCACCACCAUGAAUGAGACAAGGUUACACACAGCUGACAUCGGGGGGCAGGGCACUACCUUAGAAGUGGUCCAGUCUAUCAUGAGGAACAUUCAGAGCAGUGGUCCCCUCACCACUGAGAUCUAAGCCGCUUCCGCAUCACUCCAUUGCUUGAUACUAAAUGGAUCAGCUUCUUGAGAACAUCUGCACUUCAUUUUUUGAUUCAAUAAUGUUGCUUUCACAUGAGCCAGGAGAUUUACCUUUGAUCCAUGCAGACUUAACAGGGAUCACAGAUGGAGAUGGAUCACGUGACCUUCAGUCCAAAGAAGAGUGUUCUAGAUUUCAUUUGAAAUGCAACAUAUUUUGGCAUUGUGCUUGUGGUCAUUCUUGAACUUAGUGGUGUAUUCAUAGACUCUGCAUAAUUUUACAUUGAGGGUAUUGUUUCUGAAUGGUUCUUUUGUUUAAAUUCUAUUUAAAUACAUUAUUUGCUAUGAGGAUCUCAUGGAGGGUUUGUUUCUGCUGCUCGUGUUGCAUUCCUGAUUUUAUCCAUUUUUAUUCCCUUGAAUAAUAUAGAAGAACCCCCAACUGUGCAUUUCUGAAUUUAUCUGUGUAUAAAAUGCAGUGUAUUUUACUUUUCUCUCUGGGUUUCACUGCCUCACAAAGUUUAACGUUUAAAUGGACUUCAUGUUCAGCAUGCCCAUCAGUGACCUUUUUGGACUUUACACUGUUAUUUAAAUUUUGGUCUGCUGUUGCAUGCCGUGCAUAUUUUUUCCUGUUCUGUCUUUUGAAAGGGAGUGCUUAAAGGAAUGUUUCAGGUUCGAUGUACUUACAAUGGAAGUGAAUUUGGGUCAAUCUGUAAAAGUUAAAAUAUUCACCGUUUCGAAAUUAUAGCCACAAGAUGUAAACAAUAUGUGUGUUAAUAUGAUUUUUGUGUGAUAAAAAUCACUUGCUAACCUUUUCUGUGUAAAGUUAUAGCCAAUUUUACAACUUGGUUGCCAUGAUGAUGUAAUGUCAGAAAACCCUCAAAUUAAUAUUUAAACAACUUUACAGCUCAAAUUAUACAAGUUUUAACAGAAGGAUUAAUGUAAGUGCUUUCAUAAAAUAAUAAGCUUCACAUUUCUGCCUUUAAACUCAAGUCAAUUUUAUUUGUAUAGCGCCUUUCACAACACACAUCGUUUCAAAGCAGCUUUAUAGAAGAUCAGGCAUUAACAGAAGAUAAAACUGUAAUAUCUAAAAUGUCGAUGAAUCAUCAUUGUGUAAUUAGAUAAAAUACGAUUGUUAAUCGUGUUUAAAAAUAAGUCAUUAAAUAAUAAUUGUAUUAAUAACCCCAGUGAGCAAGAUUAAGGCGAAUGUGGCAAGGAACACAAAACUCCAUAAGAUGUUGAUUAAUGGAGAAAAAUAACCUUGGGAGAAACCACACUCACUGUGGGGGCCAGUUCCCCUCUGGCUAACAUCAUGAAUAUAAUGUAAAUAUUACUUAUGUAGCCUAUAGUUAACAAGGACAAUUGCAUCUAUGUGAACUUCUGCAGUUAAUCCAGUAUGGACUUCAAAGACAUUGGUCAUUAAUCUUAGUUCAAACAAAAUCGAUGUUUAAACACUGACCCUUAAAACUUACUUAGUUUAAUAAUUUGAAACCAUGACUUUAAUUGGCUGAUGAAGGCUUCUGUUGGCAAUUGACAGUCUAUGCAUUUCAAGAUUGUAGUCCAUCAAUAGACCGAGGUGAUGCAGGGAGAGAUCAGGGAUGUGAAACGCAGUUCACCUGGCCGGAAAUUCCGGUGAGGUUCGGUGGUCCAUCCUAAAUCCAAGGUUCAGCCAAUGGCAUAAGAAGUAUCCCAUGUCUUAUGGUUGGAGUUGGGAUCAGUUCAUCCUCGGAAGUCCAUCAUAAUAGACUGAAGUGAUGUUUGGCUGGCACCAGCUGCAUUUAGUCAUCAUCAUCAUUCAGCGACACAUAGCAGUGGAGUCCAACAUGGAGGAGGAGUUCUAGUCUUGAGGUCAUAAACGCAUUAAUUAUUUUUCGGCAUCAGCAACAGAGCAUAUGCCUUAAUUUAGCAAUAUUUCUUAGGUGGAAGAAUGCUGUUGCUACAAACUUUGGUAAUUUGAUUUUUAAAGGACAGAUUGGUAUCAAAUAUAACUUCGGUGUUGAAGAUGAUGUAACAGUACAUCCAUCGAGAGUCAAAUUAUAGUUUAUAGAGUUAUUAUAAAAUUAUAGAGUUUUUUGGUCAAAUAAUUAGUACCUCUGUUUUGUCAGAAUUUAGUAGAAGGAAAUUUCUGGCCAUCCGAUCUUUUAUUUCAUUGAUACACUCUGCUAAUUUAGAGAAUUGUGAAAUCUCUUCAGGUUAUGAAGAAAUAUAAAGUUGUGUAUCGUCAGCAUAGCAGUGGAAACUUAUUCCACGAAUCCUGAUAAUAUCUCCAUGGGUAAGCAUAUAGCCUACAUGGAGAAAAGCAGAGGCCCUAAAACUGAUCCCUGUGGCACUCCAUAUUUUACUUUUGUUUGGAGGUUAAACCCUCCAAACAUUGGCCCUAUUCACUUCCAUUGAAAGUGCCUCACUGUAACCUCGAUUUUUUUCUUUUCUAAAGAAAAGGAGGGAAGAGUCAUAAUUAUUCUGGUAAUCAACAUUAUGCCGCAAAUGCUGUUAGAUGAGCUUAACCUGUAUUGAACCCACAGUAUUACUGAUAACUCUUCUUCUUGCAUACUGUAAUCUUCAGUGUAAUACUGCACAUUUUUCAUCAGCUGUCAUGCAGUUCCUUUGAUAAGCAUAAUGAUAAUACUGUAAAGGUUUAAAAUCUGAAAAUCGGUACUAUCUUACAAAUCCUUGAUGGCUCAAUAAUAAACCAGAGACGU